AGAUCCAAGAUGGCGGCCAGCAGGAGGCUGAUGAAGGAGCUUGAAGAAAUCCACAAAUGUGGAAUGAAAGACUUCCCUAACAUCCAGGUUGAUGAAGCUAAUUUAUUGACUUGGCAAGGGCUUAUUGUUCCUGACAACCCUCCAUUUGAUAAGGGGGCCUUCAGAAUUGAAAUCAACUUUCCAGUAGAGUACCCAUUUAAACCACCGAAGAUCACAUUUAAAACAAAGAUCUAUCACCCGAACAUCAAUGAGAGGCAGGUCUGUCUGCCAGUAAUUAGUGCUGAAAACUGGAAGCCAGCAACCAAAACCGACCAAGUAAUCCAGUCCCUCACAGCACUGGUGAACGACCCCCAGCCUGAGCACCCACUUCGGGCUGACCUAUCUGAAGAAUACUCUAAGGACCGUAAAAAAUUCUGUAAGAACACUGAAGAGUUUACAAAGAAAUACGGGGAGAAGCGACCUGUGGACUAAACUCUGCCGCGACCGAUCCCAGCGAGUGUGAGCAGAGACCCCGAGCAACGCAUUCAGACACCCCGCAAAGCAGGACCCUGUGGAAAAUUGACACGUGCUGCCGCCUGGCAUUUGCCUGUGGCAGUUACUAACUUUGUACAGUUUUCUUAAUCAAAAGUGGUCUAGGUAACCUGUAAAGAAAGGAUUAAAAAUUUAAGA